AUGACUUAUAGGGCAAAGGCCAUUGCUUCAGACCAUGUAGAUGGGUCUUUCAAAGAGCAAUAUAAAAGAAUAUAUGAUUAUGCGAAUGAGCUCCUAACUCGUAAUCCUGGAUCCACAGUGAAGGUGCCAAUUAUAGGGCUGGAUGGUGCUUUUCUAAAAGGUAAAUAUAGUGGGGAAUUGCUAACUGCUGUUGGAAGAGACGCAAAUGACCAGAUGCUACCUCUGGCAUAUGCCAUUGUGGAAGUAGAGAACAAGGACACGUGGAAAUGGUUUCUAGAACUUCUGGUUGAAGACGUUGGUGGAGAGCCAGUCAGAGGCAUUCAACAGUGUUUUGGUGCAUACAAGGUCAAAGCCAAUCAUAACCAUGUUGAAGGAGAUUCGCCUUUACUUGCACUGAAGCUGUUUGAAGUCCGUCAUGUGUCCCAAGCUGGGGACAAGAAAUGGGCUAUCUCGGGCAUUCCAUGUUGUCAUGCAUUGGCUGCUAUGAAGUUUCUGAAUUUAGAUGCAGAGGACUUCAUCCCUGUUUGUUUUAGGAAGUCAACAUAUGAAGAAAUGUACUCUUCCAUUGUGUAUCCAAUUAAUGGUGAGAACAUGUGGCAGAUUACCCCAUAUAAUGAUGUGUUCCCUCCAAAAAAGAGAAUAUUGCCAAGGAGGCUAAAGAAGAAAAUAAGGUUGCAGGAAUGGGAGUUAGUCAGGGACGACACAAGAAUGAGGAAUGGUGGUAUACAUAAAAGAUGUGACAUUUGUAGGGAGCUGGGUCACAACAAAACUUCUUGCCAGAAAUCAACCCAAGAUCGUGAUGUGAACUCUGACCAAACACAACAAAGCAACCCAACAAAUGAACCAAACAUACCAUCAUCAAAUGACCCUGAAGCAUAG